AUGUUGGCACUAAGAUGCAAGAAACUCUUACUUUUGUUAGUAAUAAUAGAUAUUUACCAAAUAACGAUAGCUAAUAAAAUCACUGAGCUACGAAUGUACGGAGUUGAACCAACUAUGAGUGAUUCUUACUUUUGUACAGUUGCUCCACUCGAUUCUACUAUGGAACAUUAUAUUGUUGGAUACAAACCUAAUGCAACAAUGCAAAAGGCUCAUCAUAUGCUCCUGUUUGGAUGCAGUCAGCCAGGCAGUGAUGAGGCCAUUUGGGAUUGUGGAGAUAUGACAACAGUUGGACCAAACUUUCAAAGAGCACCAAUUUGUAUUGAUCAACCAAGAAUAUUGUAUGGGUGGGGUAGAAACGCACCUGAAUUAUACCUUCCGGAAGGUGUCGGAUUCAAGGUUGGUGGAAACACAGAUAUUCAAUAUCUCGUACUGCAAGUACAUUAUAUGGGAAAAGUCGGACCUGAUUAUUCUGGUGUGAGUAUCGAAUCGACAAUUGAACCAUUAGAUAAACAAGCGUCCACCCUACUGAUGGUCACCGGUGGCACAUUACCUGCAAAUAAAAGAGAAACAUUCGAAACGGCAUGUAUUGUCAAUGAGGACAUUGAAAUGCAUCCUUUUGCCUUCCGUACACAUACUCAUCGUCAUGGUGAAAUGGUUAGUGGAUGGGUGGUACGACAAAAUGAGUAUGGUCAGGAUAACUGGGAGUUAAUUGGCGAACGGAAUCCGCUCUUACCACAAAUGUUUGAACGAGUUAACAAGAACAUUACAAUUCGGCAAGGCGAUGUGAUAGCAGCUCGUUGUGUACUGAACAACAAGGAAGAUCGGGAAAUUACAGUGGGAAAUACAGCUGAUGAUGAGAUGUGCAAUUAUUAUCUCAUGUAUUGGGUUCUGGGAGAUCGUAUUCUCAGGGACAACACAUGCUAUUCACCUGGCCCACCAGAAUAUUAUUGGAGCAGCGAAGCAGAGUUAAACAAUAUCCCAAAAAUAUGA